AUGGACCCCCACCCAGCACCCUCCCCCGCCAAAAGACGUCCCCCGCCUCCGACUCGGGGCAUCCUCAAACCCCCUCCACCACCCGCAAAACCCUCGCUCGGCAACAGACUCAGGGAUAUCGUCUGGGGCGACGCCGAGGGAGAGACUCGCAGUCAAGACGGUGCUGCAGCUAGUGGGGGUGGAAGGAGGGAGGCGGGGGAAGGACAGAUGAGGGGACUGCCGACCCCGCGGGCGUUGGGCGGACAGGGAGGGACCUUGGCUUCCUUGUCCGGGAGGUUGGCGUCCGGCUUUGGGAGGCUGGUUGCGCCGCAGCCUCCUGCGACUGUGGGUCCUGCCAAACAUGAACCUGCUCUGUCAGAACGCUCGGCGCUGCAGGGGGAGAAUGGGGCCGAGCAGGGGCAGCAGGGGCAGGUGGUGGCGGUGAAGAAGAAGCAGCCGUUGAAGAAGGCGACGUUCUUGUUGCCGAGCAUGAGCGUCACUUACCCGAUAUCGUCGCAAGGGGAGCCGUGGUCGCUGAAAGUGCUGGAGGACCGUCAGAAGAUCGAGGUAGCCCAGCGACAGUUGUUGGAAGCGAGCACAGGCCCCGAGUACUGGACCCCUCAGCGCUUGGUCACCUUGUAUGAGCAAGCAUGUAAAUCAAGAGAAGAGAGACCCAGGAUAGGUAUUGUUCGCGCGCUCGAAACAUUAUCAACAGCCAAACCCAGAAUCAUCCACCUCGUCCACCGACCCGUGACCCACGCCACCAUAGGUCACCCCCUACCUCCACCUCAACAUCCCAUAGAAUCGCCCCUCACCCGGCACUCGUCUUUCCCUUUGGCAGACUUGCUGGCCAUCCAGUUCGGCUUGUAUGAGCUGUAUUUGGAAGAGGGCCUUGUGGGAGAGGGUGUAGCGGGGGAGGAUGUGCUGAGAAAUGUGUUGCAUGGGUUGCUUGUCAGUGGAGGAUUGGGUGUGCUGGGGCUGAAGGGGAAUAGGAAGGUGAGGAGUGGGGGGUGGCGUCUACUUACAGUGUUUCUGAAGAAGGCGAAAGACUUGAAGUAUCUUGACGUCUCUGAAACAGUCUGGGACAGAAAGAGUAUAGAAUACCUCGUCCAAUCCCUCCACGGCUCGAACCCUACCCCUCCUGCACCCACCGCCUCCUCUUCGACUUCUGAAUCAUCCCCCGCCAAUGAUCUAUCAACGACCACCGAAGAGCAAGAGGAAGAAGAACACGACCAAACGAUAUACGCCCCCUUCGUCCCGCCAGCGCCGUUACUCAAGCCGAGUACGAACGCAGAGGAGGAACAAGGGCCGGCGGCGUUGGUCAGUCUGAGGAUGGAUGGGUGUGGCCUGAAGGGAGCUGUCUUGGAAGUGCUCGCGCAAGGCAUAAGGACUUCCCGUCUGCACCAUAUUUCACUUCGAUCGAACCGGAUUUCGCCUCAAGGAGCUGUUGCGGUCGCUUUGAUGAUCAGAGAUUAUCCGGAUAGCGGGGCUGUCACACUUGCGGACCGGCUGGGUAGCAGCUUGACGAGCACGGGCGCAGGCGCGGGUUCGGGGGCGUUGGCGGGGGCGUCUGGAUCGCAGGUACCAGCAAAAACUGAAGUACCAUACGCCCCAAGAGUCCGAAAAGCCACCAGAUCCGUAUCACCUCAACCUCCUUCCCUCCCUACCGCCAAACCCUCAUCCCCUCCUCCCAUCCCCGAACGCCCCGCUCUUACUGCAACAACAAAGCCAAAGAAGGAAGACAGCGACAGCCUACCUGCCAUACCCACCGUCUCGUCGACUUCGUCAGGCGGGGUGGUGAGCAAGACGGUGCCGGAGGGGUAUCGAGCGCCAGAGAGGGGGAGUGUGAGGGAUAGGUUGGCUAUGCCGUUUACGGCUGAGCCUUUCGAUCAGAAUUCACACCCUGCUUCCGCUUCGGAAUCGGCGUUGGGGGAGAAGGAGCCGGCGGCACAUCAGCAGGGUGUGAGGGGGCCGGGGAGGGGCAAAAGUUUGGCGUUGGAAAGGAAUGUGAAGGCUUUGGAAGGGGUGGAGAGAGUUGGGAGGUUGAUGACGCUUGAUUUGAAGGGGAAUGAUAUUCGCACGGGUGUUUCGUAUAUCGCUCAAGUGCUGAAGAGGAACCGAACGCUAAAAGUGCUCAACCUCUCGAGCAACAACAUUCCUCCCUCGGGCCUUGUGCUUUUGGCAGAAGCGCUGAAAUACAAUACCACCCUCGAGACUCUCGAUCUGUCCAACAAUCCUUGCUGCUCAACUCCCACUUUUGGUACCGCAGGAACAGGCGUGACCGAAGGCAUCGAAGGCGUCCAAGCGCUCCGGAUGGCAUUCACAAUAAACACCUCCCUCAAACGCCUCUUCCUAUCAAACACAAACCUCACCAACGAAGGUGCCAUAGCCCUCGCCGAAUUCCUCCCCGAAUCCAAAUCUCUCCUCCACCUCGACCUCACAGAAAACCCGGGUGUGGGCGAAGCGGGCGUGAUGGCGCUCGCCAAGGGACUUCGUGGGAAUGAGUUUGUGAGGUGUUUGGAUGUGACGAUCCCGCCCUCGACGGGGGAGGGGUGGCAGGAUGGGGAGAAGAUGGGGAUGUGGUUGCGGAUGAUUCUGGAGAUUUGUAUAAGGAAUACGGAGCAUGCCGCGCAGCUCGUUUCUGCCGAAUCGUCCUCCCCCUCCACAACUACUGCGGCGGCGGCGGCGGAAAAGGAGAAGAAACAUGGGAGGUCGGCGUCGCAUGUGACGAACCAGAUCUGGGCGCCGUUGAAGAAGAGUGCGGUGUUGAAGCGGGGGAGGGAGGAUGAGGAGGAGAGGAAAGAGAGGGAGAGGGAAAAUUUGGUCAAAUCGAUGGAGGGGAAGGUGCGGGCGGAGGUUUACCAGCUCGUGGCGGAGGAUGUAAGGAAGGAGGUGGUGCAGGUUAUCAAGGGGCUGGAAGACUGGCUUGCCGCUGAUCUGAAAUCUAAAUCGCUGGCUUCACCUGUAUCGCUCCCCUCCACCCCCUAUGCCGAGGAACACGCCCGCGGAAAAGUCCUCGGCGAGCGUUUGGUGGAAGACAUUGAGAGAGGAGAAGAAGAGGGACUGGAAGAGUCGUUGUCUCUCAACGAAACGCUGCGCGGGGUGCUCCAAAAGUGCGAGGGCUUUGUACCGCCUCAGCAGAGAGUCCUCUUGCCGUCCGAGAUUGUCCAGCAACAACAGCUCUUGUCGCCCGUACCGACCAAGCACCACCGGCGAAGUUCGUCUCGCAACUCUGCGACUUCUUCUACCCCUCGCCGAAGCUCCGUCCAUGGAAGGGUGGGAAGUUUGGAGAUUUCGAGCCCUAAUUUCUCCCUGGGCGAUUCGGAUGAAGAAGGGGAUAGCGAUGCGGAAGAAGUGGACGUGGGGUCUAUCGAGCGCGGUGCUUCCGGCACAGUACCCACUCUUGGUUCUCUCGCCGCUACAGUCGACGCAGCUGGUGAAUACCCCGAGACGCCCGAGAAGGAUAAGAAGGAAGAGCAGGGGGCGGGUAAGGGACUUGGGUUUGAGGUGAAUGAUGUGCAGAAGGAGAUUGAGAGGGGUUUGAUGGAAGCGCAGGCUGAGCUGUAUUCGCCGUCUUCUUCGCCCACUCGCGCUUCGUCGGCCGCCGCCCCCGCCUCUCCCACGACACCGACCAAGCCCGCGCUGGCAUCCCUCGACGUGCCCGCCCCGACUGGCGCCACUUUGACCCCAGGCGACCAUAGUCCUGUUGAAAAGGUGUCGAGGGCGAUGGUAGAGGAGGAAGGUGAGAUUUUCAGGAAGGGGGUGAAACUGGGCGUGGUGGAUGAUGAGAGUGAGGAUGAGGAUGAGACGACGGCGGAGGAGAUGCUGGGGAAGAAGGGCGAGACGAAGAGGCGGGGAAGCACUGGAGUCAGUGGUGAAGAGUUGAGGAAGGAGAUUCUCGAAACCCCCGUCGCAAGGAGUCCAACCAGAAGAGUCAUCCCUCUCGAAGGCGAAGAAGGCGAGGAGCGAGAAGAGCAUGAGGACAGCGCUGGAGAGGAGUAAAAAGACCCUUGUGCGAGGGUUUGUUGAUUAGAAUACGUUGUGAUUUAUCACUUCGUCUGUGGACUAUACAUGUUCUUGAUUCCUGUUAUGACGAUGACGACAAUGCAUAUUGGUAUGGAU